AUGGCUGAAAAGGAGGCUACAGUUUACAUUGUUGAUGUUGGGAGGUCGAUGGGGGAGCGUCGAUAUGGCCGUUCCGUUACCGAUCUUGAGUGGGCCAUGCAAUAUGUCUGGGACCGCAUCACCACUACAGUUUCUACUGGUCGGAAGACAGCUACAGUAGGAGUGGUUGCCCUACGGUCUGAUGAGACAUCGAAUGAUCUUCAACAUGAUGAGAACUUCGCCAAUAUUUCUGUUUUGUUCAAGAUUGGACAAGUUCUCAUGCCUGAUAUUCGAAGGCUGCGAGAUGCAAUCAAGCCCAGUCGUACCUACAAGGGCGAUGCUCUAUCUUCCCUUGUCAUUGCUAUUCAAAUGAUCAGCACCUAUUGCAAGAAGCUUAAAUACAAGCGGGAAAUCGUGCUCGUGACCAAUGCCACCGGGUUGAUUAACAGCGAGGGCCUUGAGCAAAUCAAAGAGAAGAUUGAAGAAGAUAAUAUCAAGUUGACUGUUCUUGGACCCGAUUUCGAUGAUGCGGAUUGGGGAGUGAAAGAAGAGGACAAAGACGAGCGGAAGGCUGCAAAUGAAAACCUGCUUCGGAACUUUGUUGAGGACUGUCGCAACGGCGCAUUCGGAACCCUUGAUCAAGCUGUCUCUCAAUUGGAUAUCCCUCGUCCAAAAGAGACAAGGAGCAUGCCCUCAUUUAAAGGCUUUCUCUCGCUCGGUAAUGCAGAAAAAUUUGAAACAGCCCUCCGCAUCCCCGUGGAACGAUAUUUCAGAACUUACAGUGCCAAACCUCCAACUGCCAGCUCUUUUGUUCCGCGAUCAGGCGCCGAGCCAGGACAAGAAGCUUCAGAACAAGCUGACGGUCAAGCGGCAGGUGAACGUGACCCGUUGGUUACUGUAAGGACUUCACGAACGUACCAGAUUGAUGACGAGUCUGUCCCCGGGGGCAAGGCCGAUGUCGAGCGUGAUGACCUUGCGAAGGGAUAUGAGUAUGGACGUACGGCUGUGCAUAUCAGCCAGACAGAUGAGAACAUUACAACGCUGGAAACUUUCGCGGGUCUAGAACUUAUUGGUUUUAUCACAAACGAGAAGUAUGAACGAUACCUGCAUAUGUCCAAUGUCAACGUUAUCAUCCCACAGAAGGCUCAUGAUAAAGCCACUCUUGCGCUGUCAUCACUCAUACAUGCACUUUGGGAGUCAGACAGCUACGCCGUAGCUCGACUAGUAACCAAGGAGACCAAGCCGCCGCUCUUAGUCCUGCUUGCGCCAUCGAUUGAAGCUGAUUACGAAUGUCUUCUGGAAGUUCAGCUUCCAUUUUCAGAAGAUGUACGAUCAUAUCGUUUCCCGCCCCUGGAUAAGGUUGUCACUGUAUCAGGAAAGAUUGUCACCGAGCAUCGUAACCUGCCGAGCACCACCUUGCAGAAGGCAAUGGACGAAUAUGUCGAUAGUAUGGAGCUAGACUUGAAAGAUGAUGACGGGGAUAUAAUUGAAGGGCUCCCGAUCGAGCACUCCUUCUCUCCAUUGCUACAUCGGAUCGAGUCUGCUGUGCGAUGGCGAGCCGUCCAUCCUAAUGACCCCAUCCCCGAAGUAUCGGAGCAACUCACGAGAUUCGCUCAUCCACCUGAAGACUUGGUAAACAGGUCCAAACAGCAACUAGAAAAUCUCAUAUCCGCAGCAGAUGUCAAGAAAGUCCCACCCAAAACCAAAGGCCGCAAACGCAAUCGCGAAACCGAGAAGCCCCUCUCCGGUCUCGAUGUCGACGCCCUUCUCAACCAGGAACCCAAGCGUGCCAAAAUAUCCCCUGAAAAUGCCAUUCCGGAAUUCAAGCAGCUGCUUUCGCGUGCCGAUAACCUUGAGGCCAUUCUUGAUGCUGUCAACCAGAUGGGCGCUAUUAUCGAAAAUCAGAUUACACAUAGUCUGGGCGAUGCUAAUUACAAUCGUGCUGUUGAAGGCCUUGGGACGAUUCGUGAGGAACUAGUUGACUAUGAAGAGCCGGCAGCUUACAAUGAUCUUCUGCGGGGGUUGAAGAAGAAGAUUCUUGGUGAUGAGCUUGGUGGGGAUCGGAAGGAGUUGUGGUGGUUUCUUCGGAAGAGUAAAUUGGGGCUCAUUGAUCGAAAUACGUCGGAGAGGUCAGAGGUUACAGAGGAAGAAGCAAAUGAGUUCUUGUCUGCUGUUUAA